AUGGACUAUUGGUCACUGAACAGCGAAAUAAUAAAAUUUACAUUAGUAAAACUACAAGAAUGGAUCACAAAGCACAUCAAAGAAAUAGAUAUAGAUAGUUUAUAUACGAAUGGUAUCAUCAAAAUGCUACUACUUGCUUUAACUUUUGAUGAAUCUUAUAAUCACGAGUUAUUGAUCAUAAUACACAUAUUUGUUCAGUCAUAUAACAAUUUACAAGUCUUUAAAGAUAUCGUAAAUGCCAUUGUUGUGUCAAAUUCCUUUGAUUUUCGCCAAAAUUCGGAAGAAAUUAUUGAAAAAAUUUUCGAAACUCAAAACGUAAUUGAAGACAAAUAUUCAUUACUCAAAAUAGUAUUCGAUGCUAAGAAUUCCAUACCAAGUUUAUCAGUCAAAACUUUACUUCAGUUUUGUUAUUACGCAGAUCCGCUUUGUUCCAAGCUUUUCGCUUACAAUCUUAUAGAGAGAUUAUACGAUGACCCACAGCCAUUCAAAAUGUUGAGCGUUCUUGCAAAAGGAUUCCGAAAUUACUCAGCCGAUGCGAUAAUUUGGGAAGUAGUGAUCAGAUUAGUUACCGGGCAGUACUUUUCAUUCGACAGAUCAAAUGUCAAACUAUCUGUCCUCAAACCAGCCUAUUUAACCCUAAUUCUCGAGAUGCUAAUUCCAUUUUAUUUUUCUGAUACGAUAACCACCUUCUUUGACAUUAUAUUACAAAAUGUUACACCAUUAUUACUAGAGCUACCCGAUAUCUACAUGCAAUCCAAGUUUGUUCCCUAUUUUUUAGAUUUAAUUUUGUCAAAAGAGAACACAGACACAAGUUUGCUGCCAAUUAUCGAAGGAAUGGACAAAGAAAUAGCCAAUAUCAUGGAGAAAACAUUCAAAACUUUCAUUUCCAAGACGAAUUUGAAUAUAAUCAAAGAAAAAAUGCGUUUUAACCAUGAUAAAACAUCGAAACUGACCAAUUUGAUAACAAACAUCGUGUUAAAAUGCAGUAACCCUGAACAAAUGAUACUUGUUAUCUGUCAAUUUGGACAUCCGAGUAUUGUUUCGUAUGUUAUACAGAAUUUGUUGUUUAACUUCCACAACAAACGCAUAAACAGCACGUUUUCACGUGUUUUAUGUCGAUCUUUGAUAUAUUUGACGUUGAAAAGACCGGAAGUUUAUUCAGGAGACAACAUUUAUAGUUCUUCUCUUCCUAUCAUCAAAAAAGAAGCGGAAAGUAACCAGAAUUUCAUUCAUUGGUUCCUGUUGACUCUCAAUGACAUAUCUCCUGAAAUAAUUGAACAGUUCUUGGAGAUAAUUACAAAAAUUUUUGUCGUCAAAGAUGUGACAAAAUUGAAAUGGUCACUUUUUGUUUUAUCACGAAUUGUGAAAUGUGGAAUUCCUCUUGAACUACCUUUUAUUAAUGAGUUCUAUGAGAAUGUUAAGAGAGUUUGCUUAAAGAUGCAGCUGAAUUUCUUCCAAGACAUGUUUUCUUUCGAAAAAGUUUCUGAACUAGACACGAAAUCGAAUUCUUUCGUUGAAUUUGACUCUGUUUUCAACCAGAACAAAGAGAAAUACGAAGAAUUCAUAGAGAAGAACAUGUUCACUUUGACAGAAGAUAACUUUUUGCAGACGAAAGCUGUUUUGUUCAUAUUUUUCGAAAGAAAUUUCAUGAUUCACAAGAAAUCAAAAGAUUUUUUGUUCCAAAAAAUUGAUGAACACAUAAGAAGGAAAGAAAUGCUUGAUUCAGUCGUGAUGAUGACAAAACAAAUUUCAUUGUCUCAGAAUAUGAAUUACGAGGAUUUCGUCAGUAAAACAAAAUCAUUCAGAAUAUCUCCUUUCCACGGAAUUUCUAUGACUCCUAUUGUUUUGAUUCCAUCAGAAAUAGAUUUGCAGUUUAGCAAUGAAAAAUCUAAAAAUUCUGAAGUUUACGUGUCAGAAAAUGUCAAAAAUGAAAAAUCAGAAAUUUCUAAAACAGAAAAUCCAGAAAAUGAAAAUCAAGAAAAUUCAAAAUCUUUAAUUCCUGAAAAUUCUAAAACUGAAAUUUCGGAAAAUCCAAAUUCCCAAAAAUCAGAAACUUCCAAAUAUUCAAAUCCUGAAAAUAUUAAUUCCGAAAAUUUUGAAAAUCAAAAUCCGAAAAAUACCAAAUUUUCUGAUUCUAAGAUUUCUAAACCAGAAAAUUUGGAAAAUUCUGAAAAUCAAAAACUAAAAAGUGACAAAUAUACGAAAAGUGACAUGAUUACAAAAAGUGACAAGAAUGAAAUAUCAAAGAUAUAUAAGUUCAAAGAUUCAGAACCUAAAUAUAUUUACAGACUGGAAAACAAGUAUUCAAUAAGUUACAGUGACAAUGAAAUUAAAAUUUUACAAAACAUCUACAAAUUCAAUUCUUGCACGAAUUGUGUCUUUACUUAUGCAUUUGCACACAUUAACUCUAUUAUAUUUAGUGAUUCCAAGCUCUAUUACAUUCUUCUGAACACGAGAUUCGAUGAAAACGUUGUUGCUUUUCUCGACAGUUCUUUUGAAUAUUCUGAAAUGGAAAAAAUCAUUUUUGACGGAGGUUUCGGACCUUUUACUACUAUUUGUGGAUUUCCUUGUUUGAUUGUUGAUCCAGAGUUUUCUCUUAUUUUACCUUACCACAAAGGUGUCCAAGUGUUUUCAAGAAAUUCCGGAAAUUUCAUCAUAGAAUUUUUAGAAAACGGUUUUAUUCCAACUGUAAAACUUGACAUUUCCAAUUAUUUGGAAAAAUUUUCAAAUGGCGAAAUGUCUGUCCUAGAAUUCCUGAAUGUCGUAAAUGUUGCUGCAGAAAGAUCUUAUUCAGACAUGUCUUGUUACCCGAUAUUUCCUAAAGUAUCAAUGAAUAUGAAUGGAAUCAGUUUCAGAGAUUUGAAAAUUCCUAUUCAAUUGUGUGCUGAAUUUGAAAAAUCUAAGUCACUUUUCCAAGCACGUUAUGAAGUUCAGAAAUAUCAUCAUGCAGAGAAUUUGUCGAAUCCACAGUAUAUUUCUAGUUGUUUGUUUAGAUAUCCUCCUUAUUCAGAAAGCCAGUUUUUCUUCAAUGGAAAAUGGGAUGCGAUGUCAAGAAUUUUUGUUAAUGUCGAGAACCAAUUAAAUGUGACUUCAAAGACUAUAUACGAAGCAUUUCCAGAGAUAUAUUGUUUCUACGAACUCCUUGACAAUAAAAACCAAAUAAAAAUCGAUGGAAAACUCGUUGAAGUCAAAUUCCCACCAAAAAUUGAAGAUUCAAGAAAUUUUGUUCGCUGGAAUCGAAUUAAUCUUGAAGGUGUUUCAAACAACAUUUGUUCAUGGCUUGAUUUAGUUUUCGGUGUUGAUUCAAGAGGAGAAAGAUCUCUUGCUUUGAUGAACACUUUCCAUCCGAAUUCUUAUGAUGACGAAAACUUUUCUUGGAGAUACACUUCUGGAUGUGUUCCAAAACAAGUUUUCUUCAACAAAUUGAAGACUUCUAUUAAAGAACCAAGUGACUUGAACUGCCUCGAAAAAAGUAAAAUAGAUGUUAAUCAAGAAACGGAAGAAAUCAUUGUUGAUGACAUCUACAAAUUAAAGGUAGCAAAUCCACAAUUACACACUUAUUCAAGUGAUGGAUAUGCAUUGGCAAUAACUUACAACAACAGAGUUAUGACAAUUUUGUUGCAGAACAUGCAGCCUCUCGGUGCUUUCUACAGAGCAGGAACUCUACACUCUGCAAUUUCAUUCAGAAUAAACUGCUGCGCGACGGCGUUCAGAGAUUUCGUAAUUGUAUGGAAUUUGUCUACUGGAAGAACUAUUUCUGUCAUUCCAGAACCAAACGCAAAAAUUUUGUCUUUCAAGAGACACGAAAUGGUUCUUCGUGUUACAAAACAGAACGACAAAAUUGCUCAGUACACAGUCAAUGGAACUCCUAUUUAG